UUUCUUGUGGGACUCUACUGAUGAUCAUGAGUCGAUAUUUCUCUUUUCUUCCUGUUCUUCUCUGCAUUCAGCUUUCAAUUCGCCUUACAGCAUGCAAACAGUUCUUUGUUUUGAUGGCUCCCAAUAUUCUUCGUGCUGGAAAUGAAGAGACAAUUGUCAUCCAGUGUCAUGAAUGUGAAAAAAAUCAGACAGUGGACAUCAACGUCAAUUCGUUUCAAGAUAAGCUGAUGUACAAGACUGUUGUUACUUUACAUAAAUCCAACGAUUUCCUGGAUACAGCAUAUAUCAAUAUCCCCCCAAGUUUCCUCUCUUCAGACCUUACUGAGAAGCAAUAUGUUAUUGUGCAGGCCACCUCAAGAGAAAUAACCCUGAAAAGGGUCAUCCUCCUUUCUCCUGACACAGGACAUAUUUUUAUCCAGACAUCCAAAACAAUUUAUACACCAAACCAAAAUGUCAAUUACAGAAUUUUUUCAACUGAUAAGAACUUGGAUCCUACCGAACGAAAUGUUGAAAUCAUGUUAGAGAAUCCUGAAGGUAUAAUUGUGAAUAAGGACACCCGUGUAAUAAAGAAUGGAAUAUUCUCAUUCACAAUGAAGAUCCCAGAGCUGGUCACCUUUGGCAUGUGGAAACUUGUGGCAAAAUUUGAAAAUGCACCACAGAGAGAAUAUACUACACAGUUUGAAGUGCGAGAAUAUGUACUUCCAACGUUCAGUGUUGAGUUGGAUACAACAAAUAAGUUUUUCUAUUAUAAAGAUGAUGAACUGGUUGUCAAUAUUAAAGCCAAAUAUCUGUUUGGUGAGAAUGUAAAUGGCUAUGCUGUUGCCAUCUUUGGAUUAUACAAAGAUUUUUUGAAGACUUUGCAAGGAUCUAUGCAAAGAGAACAGAUUGUUAAAGGCGAAGGACAUGUAACCCUCACCAGAAAACAACUCUUAGAAGGUGUCAGUGAUGAAACUGAGCUUCUUGGUGUUUCCAUAUAUGUGAAUGUGACAGUAUUUUCUUCAGAAGGUGACUAUGUUCAAGUGCACAAAACCAACAUCAGGAUUGUCUCCUCACCUUACAAUAUUGCAUUCACCAGGACUCCGACAUAUUUCAAGCCUGGCAUGCCUUUAACGAUCAUGGUUUUAGUUACAAAUCCGGACAUGACUCCUGCAUUUGAAAUUCCUGUACAGUGUGGAAAGGAACUUGUAGUCACAUCUGAAGAGGGUCUGGCAUAUAUUACUGUAAAUACACAAAGCGGAGAUAAAGAUCUAGAAAUAACAGUAAAGACAGCUGAAAAAAGCUUGCCAGAUGACCAGCAGGCUAGUGUAACCUUAAAAGCAAAGGCCUACCAAUCGCCAUAUUGGAACUUUCUGCACAUAAAUGCUAAUUUGAAAGGAAAGAAUGUUGCUGAUAUCACUCUAUAUAUAAAAAGUCAAGAUAUGGAAACCAGACGCAGAAUUAAUUACUUUACAAUUUUGGUGAUAAGUAGAGGAAAAAUACUGCAGACUAAAGUUCAGAGAAGGACAGUAGGUGAAGAGAUCACUUCAUUGCGAAUUGCCUUGACCCCUGAGAUGCUGCCCUCUUUCAGAAUCGUGGCUUAUUAUUAUUUGGUUUAUCUUAACUCAAUUCUUGAAAUAGUGUCUGAUUCUGUCUGGCUACACAUGAAACGGACCUGUAAAAGUAAUUUACAGAUAAACCCACCUAAAAGCUCACAAAACACCUAUGAGCCAGAAAGGAGUGUUGAGCUCACCUUGACAGGUGACCAAGGAUCGCAAGUGGGCCUAGUAGUUGUAGACAAGGCUGUAUUUGUCUUAAACAACAAAGGAAGGUUUACACAAGACAAGAUAUGGGAUGAAGUGCAGGAAGAUGAUCUUGGAUGCUCAGCUGGUAGUGGAGAAAAUGCAUUGGGUGUGUUUCAAGAUGCUGGACUGGAUUUUGGAACCACAAUGGAACUGGGAACGCCAUCUAGAAAAGAUUUUACCUGCACUACAAAACUGCACAAUCGCAGACGUCGCUCAUAUGAGUUGCUAGCAGCAAAACAAAAAAAAGCAAGCGAAUCUCCUGCUCAUCUAAGGCCAUGUUGUUUGGCUGGAUUACACGAGAGCCCUAUGGGACUGGACUGUACUUCACGAAAGAAACAUGUUCAGGAACAGGAAUGUGCAGACUUAUUCUUUGAGUGCUGUAUACAUGCAGAAAAGUUACGAGAACAAAUGAGCAAAGAUUUGGAAUGGGAGAGAUCGGAUGAUGACGUGGAAGAUGUUCCAGAUGAUGUUUCACCCCGAAGUUUUUUCCCAGAGAGCUGGUUUUGGCAUAUCUAUGAACUUAAAAAUCCAAAAUCAGACCCAAAAUCAAGCAUUGUCACUAUGCCUUUAACACUCAACCUACCAAGCUCUGUCACCACUUGGAUAGUACAAGCAGUCAGUAUCAAGAAAAAUCAAGGAAUUUGUGUAUCUAAUGCCUACCCAUUGACUGUUUCCAUGAAAUUCUUUGUUGACCUAAGAAUGCCUUACAGUGUUAGAAGAAACGAGCAAGUGCAAAUUAGGGCAGUUGUCCACAAUUAUUUUGAUGAGAAACAGAAGGUGACCGUGAAAUUUUCUUACAUUGAAAAUGUAUGCAGUUUAGCUACCAAAUCAAGAGGUUAUCAAGUGCCAGUGCAGGUGGAAGCGCAAUCUACAAAAGUGGUGAACUAUGUUAUAAUCCCUCUCAAAGCAGAAACAAUUCACAUUGAAGUGCAGGUUUAUGGUUCCAAUAUCAGGGACAAAGUGAAAAAAUCCAUUGAUGUGCUGCCAGAAGGAAAACUUGAAAGGAAGAAAACGUUUAAUCAAGCAGUAAAUCCUAAAGGGAGAUCUGAGUUGCUUCAUGUAAAAAAAGAAGAAUUAGAUGGAAUAGUUCCAAACAGCCCUGCAAACUACUUCAUUAGCGUACAAGGAGAUAUAAUGGGAGAAAGUUUGCUGGGCAUUUUAGAUGAGUCUUAUCUUGGCCGCCUCCUCUAUAUCCCCAGUGGUUGCCCGGAACAAAAUAUGUUCAAAACAUCUACAAAUGUAAUCGUGACUCGCUAUUUAGAUGCCAACAAGAAGUGGGGAAUUGUUGGGGCUGAAAAAAGGCUGAAAGCCAUUCACAAUAUUGGACAAGGUUAUAUACAACAGCUGGCUCAUCAUUUGCCCGAUCAUUCUUUUCAAAAAAGCACUUGGCUGACUGCAUAUGUGGUGAAAAUAUUUGCUAUGGCGUACAGUUUAGCGGGAAUCGACAAAGACAUGCUCUGCAACAGUUUGAAGUGGCUGGCCACGAAACAAAAUCCCAGUGGGGAAUUCAUAGAGUCUGGGCAAGUUUAUUCAAAGGCAAUGCAGGGUGGAUAUAUUAAGUCUGAAUCCUCAUCGUCUCUCACCGCCUUUGUACUAAUUGCAUUAGCUGAAGCUAAAGAGAGAUGUGAUAUUAAAGAAGUCCAAGAUGCAAUGCAGAAAGCCAAGAAAUAUCUUGAAAAUAAACUUCUGUCUUUGAAACAAACAUACAGUGCAGUAAUCACUUCAUAUGCCCUGGCUUUAGUGGGAAGCACUAAAAAUGAAGAUUUCAUUGAUCACUUGGCAGAUAAAACUGGUACUGUCUGGGUAGUUGAGAAAUCAGGUUUAUAUACUGUGGAAGCUACUGGCUAUGCCCUACUUCAGAAACUGAAACUGAGAAAAUAUGAGCAAGCCCAGAAAAUAGCCAAUUGGCUUGUAGGCAUAAGGAGUUUUGGAGGAGGCUACGAUUCUACACAGGCCACUAUUGUAGCGCUGCAAGCCCUAACUCAAUACAAAACUGAUGUUGCCCCUGAUACAGAUGUAAAUUUGAAUGUACAACUAGUUGUAGAAGGAAGAGCAGACCCUCUGGAAUAUACUAUUCUAAACAAGGACGCAUAUUUGGAAAGAACAAAUAAGAUUCCGGGAAACAGAGAUCUCACUUUUAAUAUAACAGGACGUGGAGAGUGUACUGUAACGGUAAUGACCGUUUAUUAUUCUUUGCUAACUUCUGAAAAGAAAUGUAAUGGAUUUAUUCUUCAAGCAGUGGUGACAGCAGAUGAGAAAAAAACGGAUACCUAUACUCUCAAAAUGCAAACUAGGUAUAAUGGCUCUGUACCUGCUACCAUGACACUUAUUGAAAUUACCAUGCUGACAGGGUUCACACCAAAUAUUGAAGAUCUAAAAAGGUUGUCCAGUAAAGUGGAAAACUACAUCAUGACUUAUGAAACACAAGAGUCGACAUCCAAUGCAUCAGUUGUACUCUACCUAACAAAGGUUCCUCAUAAUGAAACCCUUUCCAUCGGUUUUAGAAUUCAUAAAACCACAGAAGUGGGACUUCUACAGCCAGCUGACAUUUCAAUAUAUGAAUAUUAUGAUCUAGACAAAAAAUGCAGCACAUUCUAUAACUUACCUGAUGAGAGUUGGCAAUUAAGGAAACUAUGCAAAGGAUCUGCUUGCAAGUGUGCUACAGGUGCGUGUGCAUCAUUGGGUAAAGCAACAGAUUUAAAAGAAAAAGCGUGCUCAGAGGGAAUAGACUUUGUUUUUAGGGUACGUGUGACAAAAACAGAGAGGGAAUCUAGUUAUGACUACAAUGAUGUCACUAUUGUGGACAUUAUCAAAGAUGAUAUCAAAACCAGAAGUGUGGGUGCUACCAUGAAGCUUGUUAGUCAUUUGGCCUGCAGCGAGUCACUAAAUCUCCAAAUCAAUUCAGAAUAUCUUAUAAUGAAUCACUAUUCUGACCUUUGGGAAGUUUCACCAUUGACAAGCUUUGUGCUUAGCAGUAAAACCUUCAUCUUUGAUUGGUCAGAAGGUGAUGAAGCCUUGACAGAUUUUGCAAGCAAUAUGAAAGACGAAGGAUGCAGUACUUAGACCCAACAUUUAAACAGUGUCGCAGAGCAGAUAACACAAUUAUGGGCUUGGUAAAAAAAACUCCUGAAUUCCCCUAGGGUAAAACAUCUGCCUGUAAAUAAAAGCAUAUCCAAUUGUUGGUCAGCAAGUCACACGCAUCUAAACUUGAUGUCCCACCGCUGCGCUAAUAUAUAAACUAACCUUACCUAGAGCUGCCAGUUAAAGUGAAAUUAAUGUGCAACGUAUUUUAAAUAGUGGCGCUGUGUUCUCAAACCGUGAAAACAAUUUAAAAACGACUUCAAAUGGCACCAUGUGAUAGUAAAACAGAAAAAAAAACUCCUAUAUCUAAAAGUUAUACAUUUACAACACACAUUGAAGAAAAAAAAA